AUGGAAACAGAACCCAACGACUUACAGCAAUUCGGCCAGGAACCCGGCUCGACGGGGGUAUCAUUCUUUGGUAUUAUACCUCUUCUUGGAUUGGCAACUUUCUAUUUUUUCUGGAGUUCCAAAGUGCUCUAUCCAUUAGUUCCCAAACUCUUUGGCCUAACCCACGUCGAUAUGAGUAAGUUGAAAACUAUCACCACUAUUUCUCUGGAGGGUUACUAUGACAAGAAAACAGUCUUGCCCAAUGAGUAUACACCCAUGGUAUAUAUUGCUAAACUGGUUUUUAGCAUUGUGGUGAGUGCAAGUUUGAUGGUCAUUUCUUUAGUUCUAUUUGAGAUUCAAGGCUUCUUUGAUCUUGAUUCGAAAAUAGUUAUAUGGAAAUUUUCACUGCCGCUGCUAGUUUUCUUCCUGAUAUUUGUUGUUCCAAUGUUGUUUGUGUACCAUCUUAUCAACAAUUGGGAACUUCGCCGAGAGUUCAAGUUCAAUAGUAACAUAAAAGCUGUUCUUUUGAUGGCCAUCACAGUUAUUUGGCUACUUGCCUUGCAAUUUUUGAAAAAAGCAUUCUUUUGGAUAGAUGACUCAGGUGAAGGAUAUCUGGUCAGAUUUUUGAACCAACUGGCUUUACUGGGAAUCAUGUCCUUAGGCGCACUAUCUGGAAUCAUCAGUGUUUCAACCCCCUACAACGCUUACAGAAAAGAUCAGCAAUACAUAUCUGUGCUGGAUCUCAAGAAUAAGGCUAGACAGUUGGAGUCUAUUCAAGACCAACUAAAUACCAAACUCAGUCGUUUAGAGACUAAACCGAAGGCUUCGAGAUUCAGGCUGUUUAGUUUCUCUAGCAACGAUAGCAAUUACAGCCGCAUAGAAGUUGAAUCUCUGACAUCUAUGAGAGACUCACUGAAGCAAGAGCUUCACCAAUUGUAUGAGAAAUAUCAGGUUCAGAAAAACAAAGACUCAUUUCUAGGAAAGAUUGGAAUCAUGUGGACGAAGGUUUUCUCCAUAUAUUGUGUUUACAAGUUUACCAGCGUACUGUUAUACAAAAUCCCUGUGAGCUACUACAAGACCUAUUCAAGACCAAGCGAUGAAGAGCCAAAUGUGGCAUCUGACGCUUUAUCAGCAACAUUAUCCAAAUUGAUAGUUUCCUUGAAUAUUUCGUCUUUUCAGCCAGAUGAAAAGGAAUUGACUAACCAAAUAACGUUUCUGCUAUCAUUGGGCUUAUUUGCAUCGUCGAUUUCCAGUCUUCAUUCAACUUUUCAUUCGAUCAAAAAAGCUCUCCCCUCACAUUUAUCGGUUUCAGUUUCUUCACCAGAUUCUACAAACAACAAGUCGGUUUUUCGAAGUUUAUUUAUCUCGGAAACACUAGGUAUCUACACAAUAUCUACGUUAGUACUAUUGAAAACUAACAUUCCUGAAUCACUCUCCAAAAGCUUCGUUUCAUUUUUGGGCAAAUCCUCUUAUUUUAAUGGAGCUCGCGUGGAUUUUCUUUUCGAUAAGGUUUUUGCAACAAGCUGUACGGUUUCACUAGUCAUACUACUUCUUUCCUCCUUCUUUGGCAACGAGGAUGAAAUAUAUGAUGAAGAAAUCUUGUUGGAGAAGGAGCUUUAA